AUGCAGCCGGUGCUGUACUCUGUAAGGGAAGCUCUGGGAGGAAGACCACACUGGGUCAGGUCUGGGACUGAGAUUUGUUACUACAGAAACCACCAUUGUCCAGCUCGGGGCAGAAGGAGAACCACCUUUUAUACUCUGACCUUUACCAUCACCUUCAAACACAGUGAAGACGUCUGCUACCUGGCCUACCAUUAUCCCUACACGUACUCUGCUCUCAAGGCUAACCUGAAGCUGCUGCAGAGGUCAGUGGAUCCUACCAAGGUGUUUUUUCAGCAGCAGGCUCUUUGCAGCAGUCUGGCUGGAAACCCGUGCCCAGUGGUGACCAUCACUGCCUGUCCUGCCAGCCGGAGCUGGAGAGAUAUGCACCAGCUCCGUGAGUAG